AUCUGUGGAAACAAGAGACAUCUAAUUCACUGGUAUAUGGAGGCGAAGUAUAAUGUGUACUGAACGGCCCCUGUGUCCAGACCAGCGUUUCUGACCGGACCCUAAAGUUUUAUGUCAAUAUUUAUACUAACUUGUGUUUGAGAGUGUACAAGGUGGCCGUAUUCGAUCUUUCUCUACUGCGGAUGAAACUCUUCAAGAUUUAAUCGUUUGGGAACUAUCUUACUAUUGUGGGCAAGUGUUAUGUCCUUGGCCCCCCUCGGAUACUCCUACCCCCCGUCUUCUCAACCAUCACAGGUCCUGAUGUCGACCGCCACGCCCUCCGCCCUGCCACCCGUGACGACGUCGUGCUGUGAGAAUGGACGUCCCAUAAUGACGGACCCACACACCGGACAGACGGUGUGCUCCUGUCAGUACGGAUCAGGCCUUCUGUCCGCCUACCCCCGGGUACCGGGUCUCACAGAUUCCGUGUACAGCACCGCCCCUUACACUGCCCAGGGAUACGUGUCCGCCCUAGGGACGGACCCGUCAGCGUUCUACUCCCCUCUGAAUGCGCAUUAUGAUCUGAAGGACAACGCUGACGCCGCCUGGCGGAGCAUCACACAACCAGGGGCAUGCUACCCGUACGACCCCGCAAUGGCGUCCUACCCAUACGGCAACACAUAUGGCGGUAUGGACCUAAACGGUGCGGCAAGGAGGAAGAAUGCUACACGUGAAACGACCAAUACCCUGAAGGCGUGGCUCUAUGAACACCGGAAGAACCCUUACCCCACUAAGGGCGAGAAAAUCAUGCUGGCUAUCAUCACAAAGAUGACCCUUACACAGGUCAGCACGUGGUUCGCCAAUGCCAGAAGGAGGCUCAAAAAGGAAAACAAAAUGACGUGGUCGCCACGCAACAGAUGCGGUGACGGCGAUGAUGAUGACGACAACGAAAAGUUGGAUGACGAUGAUGAAGAUUGUGAAAAGGAAAAGGAUAAAUUAGACGACAAUAUCAGCGUAAAGGAUUUAGUAGCUGAUGGCAUCGAUGAUGAUCUAAAGAAAGAGAAAAUGGACCAUGUUGUUAGGGAUACGUUCCCUCUGAAGACAGACUUGCUAGGCAUGGUCCCGAUGGGUAUCGUUACUGAUGACACGGGCCUCAUGUCCUCGAGUCUCCAGAAAUCUGUAACAGAACUCAAGCCACCCAUGCCCGACUCUAAGCGACUUGAGUCACCUUGUUCUAAUAGUAGCGACUCCGGUCUUAGUGACGUCAACAGCUCGUUAUCUCUCAACAACUCCAGUAUCGAGCACAGCGACCCACUCCGACCUCGGAUAUGGUCCAUUGCACACGUAGCUACGUCAUCUACGACCACUACCUCAUCCACGACUUCCGCUGAUCAGAGCCUUCCCCUGAACUUCUCGCGGGUGAGCGCUCCAUACAUCCCGACCACCUCGACCGUCCGACCCUGGAUGGAUAGUGCUUUCCCACUCGGUAGCUCCAUGUUCUCACCAAACACGAACGGUUACACAAAUGUGAGUCCCCAAAGUGACAAACCGAUCGUCUCACCAAACUUUAAUGGACUCACGGCCCCCGUUAACAGCUCUUCGCUACUGAGGCCAUAUCCUCCCCUCUCCUCUAUAUAUUCCCCUACUAGAGACGUGAGACCGGCUGACAGAAUCUCUAACCCUCUCGGCUAAUUUAUAUAAAAUCAGGAGUGUUGGAUACUCCGGGUACUUCUCAGUGACGAUAUUACAAAGUUAGCGAAUUAGCUGGCUGAUGUGAUGGGUGUAUGGUGGCAGGGCAUUUCUAUGUAGACUUGUGCGUGACAAUAUUGCCACCCAGCUUCCCUCCUGCCACAUAACCUUAAAUAAAUGGCAUUUUGGGGGCCAGAGAGAACUCAUGAAGGACCCAAGUAAGGACACAUAAAAGGCCCAUGCAAGACCGGUUGUAGGUCUCGGACUUAGUGUAGGACGUUUGGGCCAAGGUGCUCAGGUGAUAGUGACCUCAGGAGAUUGGCGGCGUGGAGGCUUGACUCUUCGCCCCGCAAUAUUGAGCUUGUUCGGCUGGGAUUGAAAGGUUAAUAUAGCUACGUGGAGAUUAUUAAAGACUCGGUUUAAACUUAAGUGCUAAAUAUUUCGCUAAGUGCUGUGAGAGAAGAGGUGUUUACCCAGACUUAAUGAUUCUUACAGCAAAAUUAGCAGUGAUUGACAGCAGCCUACAGGGUAACGUGUCCAUUUAUGUAUUGACAGUGUUGUUGACUUGCUUCACGCGAUAGCUUCCUUGUCACUUUCAUGGUACUUAAUUUCACCGAUCUUCUACACGAGAGCGUCUUGAGGGGGUCAGACUCUCUCCUUGUACUGUCAUAUCUGUCUUCUACAAAACCAAUCGUUCGUCACUAGUACGUAACGCAUUCAUUUUGUGUAAUAAUAGACACAUGGACAUCCCUACCCUCGUGCUGAAGUGGAGUUGGUGUUGUCUCCCUGCCGGCUUCAUACAUUGUCGUUUAAUACGGAUAACCCGUUAUUAAUUAUUUGAAAACGUAAAUAGUGAUAAACUUUAUAGUAAUUUUAAGUCGUAUUACUCAUGUGAUGGUUAAAUACAUUUGCAAUUAGAAAGACAUAUUUAGUAAAUGUGAAAGAAAUGUUCGGUUUUGACAAAACAGUUAUCUUUUAUCUAUCUCAUCAAUUUAUUAAAUCUUGUCGAAAUGUAUUAGAUACUUCUUUGUUAUACAUUUGUAAUAAAACACUGAAUUUUAACAUUCAUUUUCUUCUGACAAUUUCAAUACAUAUUUAAAUUAAAUUUAUUUAUUUUACAAUUUCUUGAACAAAAUCUAACUUAAACAAACCAUAAACAUAUGGGUACGAUUUAUAUCUAAAUUACAUUUACUUAUUUAUUUAAAGAUAUAAAAUGUAUUAUCUAAAAUAGCUUGAUAACUUUUUUUAAUUAAACUAUUCUAAGAUGGUAUGUUUUCGUGUCGACGUUUGUUAGUGUGGCCAGUAUCGUAUAUACUGAGCCGAGUAGGGUCUGUUUUCGGACCCUUAUUGUCAGUGUCAUUCCAUGUGUCAGUGUUGAAACGUCUCUCUACAACUCCUAUGUGUCGAUGUAUUUAUGACGUAGCUGUUCGUUUUAUUUUUGAAUAAAAACGUUACAUGGAUUUUCAUAUGUU